GUUCCUUCACUCUCCCCUUCUAUUAUUUGAUACACUUUCUAAUGAUGAUCUCGAGAACUUAUGACGACAUUGGCCAUGACUUUUGUUGCAGGCGCUACUCCAUAUUGCCUUACUAACGCUACAAGUUUAGAACCUCCUAUCUUGUCCUACGUCUGUUUAUUGAUAUAUUCAUUCUCGUUGUUUUCAUCCGCCCCUUCUUCUUGCGAAGGAAUUAUCCGGGAGAUGAAAAUAAUUACUGAUCUCCUUCCUCACCCUCAUCAUCAUCAUGACCCAACGGGUGGCUCUCAUCUGACCACUCGCCACCACGACCGUAAAGCGAUUCAAUGUGGAAAAGGCCGUGAUUGGGUCCCAAUCCUGGUUUAGCCUUACCGCGCGUGAUCCCGUCUGUCGGCUCAGGAUUCUCCAUACUAACUAAAGACAGCUUUGAAGAUACGUAUUGUUUAUUUUCUGCUUUAGCCGUGUGUAUCUUUCUUUUUCUCGUCAUUCCUGUCACUAUAUUCCAAUCAGGGCCUUCUAAUGUUGUUGUCUCCUCAGGAUAUUGUUAAUCGCAUCCUUUCUUUUAUCUCUCGUUCUUAUGUUGCUGCUGUCGUUAUCCUUAUACUGUUCUUGCUGGUAUCACCUCGAGUAGGCGUGAAUGUCUGAUGGAAUCCUUCGCAAACUGCCCAUGACGGUCGAUGAUGAUAGAAUGAGCCUAGAGAUGUUGGGAAAGGAUGAACACGGUAGGCAGAAACCUAGCAUUGGUAUCGCCGCUAGUUUCAUCCUCUCUUGCUAAUUACAGCAAUACCGCAUCCGUGACGGUGAAAAUAACUUGAUCUAAUCUGAUGGCCAAUCGGUUCUGCUGCUUUCCUACAAUUUUUUGAUCCAAAGUAGUCCCGGAAGUCAAUAUAUUUUUUAUUUCAGAUAUGUCGAGUAUAUCGAAUUAUGUUGCUAGAGCCCGUAUAGAGUUA